AGGAGGACCCAAAGUGCAAACUAACAUGAAGUUUGAAUUGACAAAAAACAACAGCAGAUAAAAUAAAACUUACUUAAACAAAUCCACUGGAAACAAAAGGACACUGGGACACAGGAUGACGUAACACUGAAGUGAGAGUGAGAGACAGACACAGCAACAAAGCUUCUCUAUUUCCCCUCCACUCCACGGUCUGUGCAGUUAUGGAGCCAGGUACAUGCACCUACAUGCAGACAACAUCCUUACAGACUUUCAGGUUCUCUUGUUAGGGGUGUUUGACACCAGGUAGAGCAUGAAGGGAGCAUGCACAGAGCCGGAUAAAUGGGCCCAACCUGGCUGGAAGAUAGAACAGAAGUACGGGAGCAAGGUGAUGGUGGGCAACUGGGCUGAAGACAGACUCCAGUUCACUCAGGAGCCAGAGAUAGCCAACAGCACAAGUCGUGUCGACUUCCGGCCCCACUGGGACUUCAAGCCAGACAUCUCUGAGAGAAGAUCUGCCCUGCUGAGAGCUGAGGGGCUUCCAUCCAAGCUGCUAUUUGCCCACGAUGGCCCAGCACCCUCGCAUUACCCGGUCACACAGUAUGAAGACAGCUACGGGCGCAGGCACAACAAUGCUUUGCCCACUCUGCGACCCUGCCAUCCCGGCAGCUUGACAUGGCAGCUUGAAAGGUCUGAACGGCCAAUUUCUGUUAUACUUAACAUGCUGUUGCACACCUUGGUUGCUGUCCCAGGACUGUCAGACAACAGGGGGCAUAGUCGUGCUGCUGUUUCAGCCAACUCUGGCGCGCUGCAGUCCACAAAGCACCGUUUGGAGAAGCAGCAGUCACGCCUCCCGUCGCUGACUGUGUACAGGUCAGCAUACCAGAAGCACCCACUUAGUGCCGUCUGCCAGAGCCGCUCUGCCAGGACUUCACGCUGGCUCUCCAGCCACCUUCAUGCAGCCAAUCACAACAACAAGGACCUAGAUCUGAGACGACGCCCACUGCUACAAGUUCCAGAUCAUUGUUUCGGUUAAAGUCCACAAUCACAACAGGUCUACAGACGAUACUGGUCAUGCUGAAUUAUGUAUUAUGUGCUGCUUGUGAACUGGUUCACCUUAAGACCUGCUACCUUUGACUGAAAAGGGGAGGCAGCUGGUGUCUUUCCCUUUUAUAUUCUGGGAAA